GGCGGGGUCCGGCUGAGGGGAGCGCGCGCGCCGCGCCCUGAGGGGGCACAGCCCUGUUGAGGGGCACCGCGCCCUGUGAGGACGCCGCCCUGAGGGGGCCCAGCUCUGAGGGCCCUGCGCCCCCGGGACAUCCCGUCGUCCUCCUCGGACACCGUGAGGAAACAGUUCAGGUGCGGUUGUACCCCUGUUGAAAUGGGAGUGUUGUGCGAGCGGAAGACCUGCUGCAGCGUCCCCGGGUGGUCCUGAGAAGGCCGAACGUGGCUUUAGAACCGGGGCUGGGGCGUAAACCAGACAAAGCCCACAAGACCUGAGAGCUGUUUCUCUCUCGCUUUGAGGAGAAAAAGCUUUAUCUGACUGCAACCAGUACGACCAUGGAUUCUCUUCCUUUACACAACUUUUCCCAGCCUGCUGCCACUGUCGAAGCGUGCAGCGUAAAGGCACCUUGCGUCCUCAGCAAGGGAGAGGAGGGACUGCUCAGGAAGAGCCUCCCAAGAUGUUCCCCUGAGUGAUCGUUAUCACUGCAGACAGAUGGAUGAUCUGAAGCGAAUUCUCACCUCUCUGGUAUUGCAGCUUGCUCAAAGUGGACUGAAAGUGCCUAAGUAAUUUUACAAACAUUUUUAAUCAGUGAUCAAGCAUUUGGGUAGCUCAGAGAAGUGGCAGAUGCCCCAUCCCUAGAAGUGUUCAAGAUCAGGUUGGAUGGGGCUUGGAGCAACUUGGUCUGGUGGAAGGUGUUUUUGCCCAUGUUGGUGUAGGGCUAUAUGACCCUUAAAGGUCCCUUCCAACCCAAACUGUUCUGAUUUGAAUGUGGCUGCCUCUCAUUUCUUUGACUAUUAGGCUCUUGUAUAAAACAUAAGAUAUUCUUAUUGCUAUUUCUGAAUAAGAGUGGUUGGAAGUGCUAUAUUUACUGCUGAAGACCACAGUUUCCUAUCUGUAUAGAUAACACUGGGAGCAAGAAGUAUUUAGCAUAGUAGGAUCUUGUAACCAGUUUUAGCUGCGUGUCCUUCAAAAUGCUUAAGGAAAAACUUGGCACAAAAGUUGUUUUUCAGCCUCUUCCAGAUCCCUUAAGCUCAGGGCAGUUUGUGCAAUUCAUUCCAGUUUGCCCUGUGUGAGACUUGUCUCCUUGGGUACCAAGAGUGGAAAUACUUUCUUACUGCAGGAUUUGCUUAUUUGCCUUUGAGGGAUGAAGAUCAUAAGGUGAAUUUCUGUGUAGAGAUUAUGAAAAGUCCACUGUCCACUUUUGAUUUCCUCAGCCUGCUUGUUAGGCACUGUGGAUUUUCUCAUGCUCAGCAGAACUUUUGUGUGCCUAACGUCCAGCAAGUAAGAAAUUCCCAACUUGCCUAGAAGAGCAGUUAGGCACGUGCUUCAAAAAACAAGCCAGUGCUUUGUUAUGAAAAGCUAAGGCCAACACUUCCUCUGUCUCAAGGCCAUUAGGAAAUUCCUAUGGACUUCUAUGGCAGUAGGAUGUGCCCUCUCCUCACUGCCAACUCCCUGUCUGGCAGAGGUUUUCCCAGGAAGGGCCAUCUGCUGCAUGUAAUGAAAUCGUCUCUCUUAAAAGUCAAACUGUUCAGUGAUCAGACUCCCUAUCCUGAGAUCACACUCCAAAACACCAGCGAAGCCGUCGGCUGGCUUGCAGCUCCAAACAACGCGCACAAAUUCAGCCUCCUUUGUCUCCAGCAGGGAGGCCCAGCCCAGGACCAGCCUAUCCCAGAACAUCCACAAAGAGCUCAAGGGUGCACAGAACAAGAUCUGCACUUCAUUGAGAGCUAGAAUGACUUUUCUUGAUCCAGAGCCACAUAGAAGGAACAAAACUUGCCCAGAAUUUGUUGUUGUCCUAAAUGAACUCGUGACAGACUUCAGGGUAGAAUGAGCAAAAUGGGAAACAUUUUGCUCAAUGCGAGAGUUUCCCCUGUGAGGGUGAGACUGUGUUGAUUUCAUCUGGUUCUGACUCUUUAAAAAUCAUUCAUUUACUGCUUGAGAAGCUCAGCAAAUCAGUUUUGUCUCCACUUGAGAAAUCCCUCAAGACACUUGCCUAACACAGAAGACAACAUGGAUGUUAAAAAUGUAGUUAAAUCCCAGGCAACUUUUUCCUGCCUGAGGGAUUUGUCAGAGGAUGGUGAUGACCUGCUUAAUUUUAACGGUGUGGUUGAUGUUGCUGCUGGAAGAGCGGAGGGAUACAGCAGCAGACAGGUGCCUUCUCACCCCACAGAUGUUACCACUUGUCACAGAGGCAACUGUUACCUUAACGCUGGAGACUCUGGAUCUCCUCAGUCUCUGGCAGAUGUCCAGGCACGUAAAAGGGCUGGGCUGGGCAGACCUCUAACCAGGAAUUCCCUGCUGGAUGAGCAGGCAGACACUUUCAUAGGUAAUGUCACAGAUUUUGAAAAAGAUGACUCUGAAAAUUCUGCCACUGUUCUGGAGAUUUAUACAGAGAAAGUAACAAGUGUAAAUGAUGACUUUUCUGAUGAUGAUCUGGAGUACUUUGAAUGUUCAGAUGUGCUGACAGUGCAUGAAGAUGAAAUCUGGAAAAAGAAAUUGCAAUUUUUAUUAGAAAGUGAUGAUGAAGAUGAUCUAAAACUGAGUAAGGAUUGUGAUGGGUGUGCUUACUUCCUCAGUGAAAUGCCUUGUGUGUUCCAAGUGUCAGAUAACACUACGCCUAUGGAUACCCCCAUUGGCUUCUGUGAGCAUCAGUCAAAAAUCAAAGGAGUAAACGUAAGAAGAGACCCCUCUAUGUACAGCCAGUCAGCUCCUCAGACAGAGAUGACUCUCACUGUUGGACACCACCGAGAUAAAAGUACCAUUUUGAAAGACAAAGAGGAGAAUCAAGUGCCUGUUGCUUCUGCAGCCACUGGAAAUGAACAUCUCAGAAGUGAAGAAGAGACUAAUGGAAGUGGCCAUCUGGCUGCAAGUUCCUCAAAGGACGAACCAAAGCCCACGGACACUGCUCCUGCACAGGCAGAUUCCUCUGCCAUUGGCAUAGGUACUGCUUGCACAGAUCAGGCUUCGGGGACAAUGACAGAAACCAGCCCCGACGGGGACGUGCUGGGGGAAAGCUCACUGCUGCUGGAGGAGGGGAGAAGGAAUGUGCCAGAGGGAAAUGCACAGCACACUCCCUGUACCUUAACAGAAAGUCUGAGGAGAAACCUUUUCAAGCUGUUAAACCCUAUAGAGCUUUGCAGAUAUGUAAGUACUCUAGGACAGUCUUUCCAGGCUGCAGCAGCAGGUAGGGAAUCCAGAGCUCCGUCUCCCAGUCAGGAAGGCGUCUGUUCAGCACAGAUUCCUGAGGAGGCAGAAAGCAUGCAACUGCAGGCUGGGCUGUGUCCAACAGACGAGGCAGAUAAAGACAGUCACUGGGAAAGGGAAAGGACUCGAGGGCUGUCUGAGCAAAACCAGAUGCCAGAUGAGAACAUCUCGUUUGGGAGUCAAGGUGCUAAUCUUAAAAGCGUUACCCAGAAUUGUGAGAACCUCUGUAUGGAGCCCAGAACAGAAAAGGAAGGCAUCUUCAGGGCUUGUGAGAGUGCAGGAACCAGCCAGCUCUCUGCUGAAAACACGCUGCAAGUAAAGAAUGCAGAUUUACAGACCUCUUCUCUUCACUGUGCUCCUUGUGAAAAGAGAGAAGGUUGUCACCAACAGGUCUUCUCCAGACAAGAAAGUAUUAGGAAUGGCAAAAAGUCAAAGAUUAACAUUUCCCCUUCUCUUCUAUGGGAUAUGGACUCUCUUCCUGAUAAACAGGAAUGCUUGUGUGCUGUUUUCUCUUCUGCAAAGCUGUGUGAUGAGCCAGGGGAGGGAGAGCAGAGGUCUGGGCUUGACACACGUGGUAGCAGUAACCCAGAUAUUCUCUGCAGCCGAUCAGCCAAUGAAGCUGCAUCUGAAGCUAAUCCCAAAUCAGUCCUGGAAUCUGGAGAACCUGAGUGCAAAGGAGAUGCUGAUGUAUCUGCAGUGCAUGACAAGCUGUGGAAACUUCUUCAUGAAGAUGACUCAGACUAUCGAAUUCCAUUUGAAAACAGAGGCAUCCCAAGUUUAGGUACGAGGCUGACAGAUAUCCAAGUCACAGAACUGAAUUUUGUGCAGGAGACCUGUUCUGAUCAUCCUUUGCCAGCGGAUUUGAUAGAAGAACAGGAGCCCAUCACAGAACCAGCUUGUAACCCCAGAACUGAGAAAGCUGACUGCAAUAUUUCUGAUAUCCUCCUGCAGAGAGCUGCAGCAUGUGAGAGUGCAUCCAUAGGAAAUAUUUGUGUUGCACAAGUGGUAGGAACAGAUGGUGUCUAUCUAAAUUCUGGCACUGGGAAUGAGAGGGAAACACCAUCCAUUUGUGUUUCAGCAAGCAGUGUCCUCCUAAGUACCCAAGAGUGCUUGGAGCCAAAUCCAAUGGCCACAGACAGGAAUGGAUCCACUGUGGCUUGGGAAGGGAAGCUUGCUGUUAAUAAUGCUGCCCAAACAUGUGAAGCAGAUUCUUCUCAAAGGUUACAAAAUACUCAGAGUGGUAAUUUAGCAUGUCCCAAAUCUGACAUAUCAGGUAUGUCACAGGAGACAGCUAGACAGUUAUUUCACACUGAAUACAACAUAGCCAUGACAAAUGAGUCUGUACCUGGAGAAGGCUGUCAUUUUACGGACUGCUAUCCAGUGAGAGGAGAACUGGCUUAUUUCCCUGAAAAGGGAGACAUUUUCCCCGGUGAAAAUACCUGUCAGUUUACACAUGCAGAACAGUCUUCUGUUAACACCAUACAUAAAAGUUGUGUAGUAAAUUUACAAGAAAAAGGAAAUCACUCCGGCUUGAGUGCACCAAAUUUCACUAAUUCUGACAGCUACCAUCUUUCAAAACAUAAUGGCUGUCAGGAUUUUCAAAAUGUUUCUGAUGCACAGAUAUACAGUAAUGUAAUGCAAUUGCAUAGUUUAAUUCAGAUUAAUGAAACUGUAAAACAUAAGAAUCUACCCCAAAAUAAAGACCAACUGACUGAAAUAGCAAAACAAGAAGGGGCAGUCCCUCCCCCUUCUGGGGAGCCAUUUUUAAGAGAUUUUUAUCUUGAAGUGUCCAGCUGUGAACCAUGUAAACCAGGAGAAGAACAGAGAGAGAUUUGCAUACCUGGGGAACACAGGGCUGAAGCUUCCUUUGACUCAGGAGUUAGUCAGGUUUCAGAGAGUCAGACUGCAGCUUCCCCUUGUAAUACAGCAGAACAGCAUUCAUUUUUUGUUGACAACACCUUCAGGUCUGAUGAAGGGUUAAAAAUAGAUUCUUCAAAAAACCCCACCUAUGCAGCUGGAAGUGUAACAUCAGCCAGUGUCCUGCUCCCCAGGGAGGCUCAAAGUGAGCACCACAGCACAGCCAGUGGGGAUGAUGGAGGUUCCUGGGAUUGGCUACAUUCCCAACAACUGCUUGGAAACAAAAUCCUGCCCUUCCUCACAACUGUAAGCCACUCAGAGGGCCUUCCCAGUGAAUCUGCAGUGGCGUGUUCUGCCACAAGAAAUGAGGGGAAAACUGUAUCCAUACAAAGUGGAGUUGAAGUAAACGGAAAUUUAACUACAUUGGAAAUUUCCUGCAAGUCAUGGAAGGGUCUGUUCCAGAGGGUCUCUGGAGAAACCAAAGGGGAAGCAGACUUGUGUGAAAAUGAACAUGAGAUUCCAAGAGCUAUUGACUAUAACCCAGAUGAAGCUGAAGCAAAGGCUCCUUUGCACACUUUGACUGGGUCCCAGGCUCUGAAACAGAUUAUGAAUAUUAGCACAGAGCAGUCUUGUCCUAACUUGAUCCCUUCCAGCAAGAUAGCUGAGGCUGAGAAUUCGAUUAAGUCCACAGAGUAUGAUAAAAAGGAGGAAGUCAGGAUAGCAGAGAGUGAAGUAAGUGGUUUAGUUAAUUUGCCACCAGUUGAUUCAGGGAACAACCAGUGUUUUCAAGAGCAACCACCCCACAGAAGAGCUCUGUCAUUCCCUUUGGCACGGACCACACUUGAUCCAUUCCCAGUCAACACAGAAAGUCAAAGAAAUCAGGAAGGGUCAAAAUCCUGCCGGAUACCAGUGGCUGCUUCAGAGCCUGAGCCCAUCAAAUGUAAAGAGGACACAACAAAGAGCGGGCAUGUAGCUGCUGGAGCUAAGAAGAAAUUAUCAUCAGCAACUCUGUCCAAAAAACCCAGGCUGGAGGAGAGGGGAAGUGUCAGCAAGGAUCCCAACUGCGUUAAAAAGUCUGGGAAGAGCGAGGGAGGUGUGGUUCAUAAAGAGGAAAGAAAAGAGCAAAGGAAACUAAUUUUGAAAAAGGAUAGCAAAGCCCCCAGGCUGCUGAAGAAGAUCCAAGCAGAGUUAUUCCCUGACUGCUCUGGAAGUAUUAAGCUGUGCUGUCAGUUUGGUGACAUUCAUGGUGACUCCACCAUUACAUGGACUAAAGAUUCCAAGGUACUGGCUCGGCUGCAGAGAAGUGCCCAGGAUGACACUCCCGUCUCUCUGGAAAUAGCUGAAGCCACUUACCAAGACCAGGGACUGUAUUAUUGCUGCUUGAAUAACAUGUAUGGAAAGGUGACUGCUGAGUUUCAUCUGACUGCUGCAGUAUUGGAACGUCUCUCAAGUUUUCAGAGUUAUGAAGGUGUGGAAGAAAUCGAAUUCAUGCAACUGAUGUUCAGAGAAGAUCCCCUCAGCUCCAGCUACUUUGGUGGGACACUGCAUGGAGCAAUAAUGACAGAGGGGCUGCACUUCGGCGAGGGGAUGCACCGCAGAGCCUUCCGCAGCCGCGUGCUGCAGGGCCUGGCACCCGCCUUUGCCCCUGGCCACCCCUGUGUGCUGAAGGUGCACAGCGCCCUCACCUAUGGCACCAAGAGCAGGGACGAGCUGCUGCAGAAAAACUACACUCUGGCACUGCAGGAAUGCUAUGUCCAAAAUACUGCAAGAGAGUAUGCAAAGUUAUAUGCAGCUGAAGCUGAACCCUUGGAAGGCUUUGGAGAAGUACCAGAAAUCAUUCCGAUUUUUCUUAUUCAUCGCCCUGCUAAUAACAUCCCCUAUGCCACAGUGGAGGAGGAGCUGGUUGGGGAGUUUGUGAAAUACUCUGUCAAGGAUGGCAAGGAAGUGAAUUUCCUGAGAAGAGACUCAGAGGCUGGCCAGAAGUGUUGCACCUUUCAGCACUGGGUGUAUGAGAAGACCAAUGGGAACUUGCUUGUCACUGACCUGCAAGGUGUAGGGAUGAAGUUAACGGAUGUUGGCAUAGCAACCCUGGCCAAAGGAUACAAGGGGUUUAAAGGCAACUGCUCCUUUUCCUUCAUUGAGCAGUUCAGAGCCCUCCACCAGUGCAAUGAGUACUGUGAGAUGCUGGGGCUGAAAUCUCUCCGAACUACUCAUCAAAAAAGAGGAGAACAACAUCCACUAAAAGCAAAAAUCUGCCAAACUCAUCAACAGUAAAGAAAAUGGUGCCCAAGAAGGCAAGAGAACCUAGAGACUUCAUUUAUUCAGAGCACUGAGUCUCACUAUCCCACCUUGUGAAACUACUCUUGAGGACAUGGAGCAGUGACAUGCACCAGUGACCCGAGGGGAUAACUUUAGUCUUUUGCCUUUUGACAUUGUUUUGGAGUCGUCCUGAUGCUGAUGUCAGCAACAAAGGAAAGAGAUGAUCCUGUGCUCCUGGUGCCUGAGAUUUAACACUGGGGCAAGGUUCUGAAAACAAACUAAGCCAUCUUCUGGAUUUCCUUACAGGCUUCUGUGGACUGGUAUUGGAGAAGAAUAUCUCUGUGUCCACAUCCAUGGCCCUGUGGUUCAGCUGCUAUGGAAACAUCAAUAUAUUUAAGAUGCCAAGUACAAGUUUUGCACAGUAUUGCAUAUGCAUAUGCAUGCUGGGUUACUUAGAAGUCAGGAAAGGUGGAGUUUGGAACACACUGAUGAAUAUUAAAGUUACCACUUCCAUUGCAAAUCAGAGCAUAACAUCCUUUGAGCCUAAGUCUUGGACUAUUCAGUGGGAUUUAGGCUUCUCAGUGCACUGCUGGUACCUGGCUUUCUUUAGGCCUUUGGAAGUUCCUACAGAUGAUGCCUAUUCUUUACAAUAGUGUUCAGAAGAAUUUCUGUGAGGAUAUUGUGACUGUUCCCAAAACAGGAGGUUUAGAACAUAAGGCAAGGGGCUUGAGUGUGGUGGGAUGGAAACAAAGCUAAAAGCCUUGGAUAAAUGAUGUUUUAAGUCAGAGGCAAUAGAUUUUUAUCAGAAUUUUGGGAAGUGUUCUGUUCUAAAAAUGCCAUGAGCAUCUCAGCUAAUUAAUACUCCAAAUGUAUGUUGUAGUUUGGUCCCAAAGUCAGAGAUGGAGUUUCACUCUAUUGGCUAAUUGCCUUCAGUUUUAUUGUCCUGGUCAGUUCAAUGAAAAUCACUAGCUGACCUCUCAGAGGUAAACACAGCCCUAUUAAUGCCAAGGAAAUCCACAUUCCUAAUGAUGACAGUAUAGUAUAGUGAUGAUUCCUUAAGAUGUCUGGUGUGCUUUACAGUGGGGAUCUGGAAGUGCAUGUGUGAGAGUAUGGAUUUCUCUCAUAUUCUGGUGCUUUUGCCUCUAAAAGGACUCCUCCUUUUAGAGUCAUCCUGCUGUGCAUGUACCACAGUUGUUUAUUCCUCAGCACAUAGGAAGAUGUACUACCAGAGGUCCCAAAGCUUCCUGACCCGAUGCCUUGUCUGCCAGGAACUAUUUAGUGUGAUAAUGGCGUUUGAUAGAUGGACACAAACACCAUUGUCACACUCCACAGCUCUGGGAGCAGGAAGGUCCUUAGCCUGUGGAAGGAGUGAUGGAGGCACACCGCGGACUUCAGCAGAGGGGGUCUCAAAGACCUGCAAAACAGACACGAGAGCAGGUUUGUGCAUAUUUAUGUAUGGCACACUGGGGUCCUCACAAGGAGGCGGGACACAGGAUCCUGAAUUGGUUUGAGUGAAUAUUGUGUCUCUGCUAGCUGUGGGAACAUAAAAGCUAAGUGGCUUUGAGUGCCCUUACAGACAAGGGAGAUGGACAGUACCUGAGAAAGUAAUCUGUACUGUUCUGGAGGCAAAUUCCUGACAAAAGGGAUGAGUAAUUUCUGCAAGGGCUUGUGUCUUCCUCUAAGUGCUGGAGUCAGCCCAGAAUCAGCAUCAGACUUUUAUAGCUAUGUCAGACCUGAGGCAUCACAAUGCUGGGGAUUACAUUUGAUUUUCAUAUACUUGUUUUUAGCAGCAUUUUUGAGUAGCCCACAUAUAAGACAGUCAAGUUGGGCUGUAUCCUGGUCCCGCUGCCCCUGUGCUAUUCCAUGAUGCUCUUCUGGGACACCUCAGCACUUGUGCAUCAGGGAAUUAAGCUCUAGGGUCCAUAGCUGUGGUGCUCAUCUCUGCACAAGCUGGGUGUUUCAGAGUGUUUCUCUCUGUGUUUAGCCUGCUAGCCAAAUAACAUUUCUGCACCCUCUCAGUGAGUAGAAAACAUCCCGUAAAAGAUUAUGUGGACUAGGGAGUGGAUUAAGAGCACACAAGCAUGCUGCACAGGGAUUUGUAACCCAUGGAAAUUCAGUUAUAUGCCAUCAUCACAUCUGAAUGCUGCAGAGAGGCAGAGAAAACAGAGAAGGAAGAGCACGUGGAGGGGGGAGGUUAUAAACCAAGGCUGGGGUGGACAGCAGUAGCUUUUAUUUUUUGUAAGUACUGAAAAUUGAACUUUCUGGCUCAAAAGAGAAUCCCCUGUGGACUGGUUAGAAGCCUCUUGGGAGGGGAUGCAGUUGUCUUUUUGUGCCAAAAGAUGAGAAUGAGAUAUUUUGCUGAAGUGCUUUUACACUCCCCUCUCAUUUAUUUUUAAGCUCAGAAAUGCAUUCCCAUUUUAUGUACUGGGGAGAAUUUGCUCCCCAUGUGUAGUAAACCCAGACUCUCCAAUAGUCUUCUGGAUCUAGUUCUGCUUUGGCAACAGAGUGUUAAAAAAGUUAAAGCCCUCAAAAGGCUUGUCCUCUGAGAACUCCUCCCUGGGUUUAGCCUUCUCAGCAAUCCCUUUUUGUGAAGGGAGCACAGAGCUCACAGAUCAACCCACUCAAUUCUAUAGCAUCAAAUGUCGAAGUGCCUGCACAGAGGUGAUAUCAAAGUACCCAGAUGAGCUGCUGCCCACCUGUACUGACACACCUGAACCACCAGCCUGCUCUUCACAGUGUAACAGAUCACCCUGUGAUCUAACUUUAUAUUUUACCUGGAUCUUCUUCCCAAUUGUAAUAUAGUUCAACCAGUGUUGAUAGGUCAGGGCAGACUUAGUAGGGCUCUGGAUCGGUUUAAUUCUUGAUUUACAUGUAAUCAAACCUCAGGGGAGGGUUUGUGAUAACUCAGUGCCACAAGCUGGCAGUAGAAACUGGGUUCUGAGUGCCCUUUGCUGGUGGAUAGAACAGCAGAGAAAUGGAGCUUCAGUGUCUGGUUACCAGAUCAGGCUGUUUCAUUUCUCCAGUGUGAUUAUUACAACAGUAAUAAUCUGGCAUUCCCAUCCCUGCCACAAAAACAAUCCUAGAAAUGCUCGGGCAUGGCUGACAUCCAAGGGAUUUUCAUGUCCCACUGGUUCUGUCUGUGUUUUGAGUCUGUAGUGUUGCAGUGGGACAGAGCUGAGCAUUUGAACACACACACAAAGCAGGCAGAUGUGCAGAUCCACAUGUCAGGCUCCUAUGCAGUCCCAGCUAUGAAGGAGACAUCUCUGAAAGAAGGAGACGAGCUGCAACACACCCUGAGCAUCCCAUGGCACUGAUUCUUUGGAAUUAAUGAUGGCAAAAACCCAGUAAUGCCAGAACAUUCUGUCAGUAAGGAUGCAGCUCUAGCCCUGAGGUCCACAGGGCUGGUUUUGGUAAAUGUGCCUAUGCUGCAGCUGGUGACAGUGAGAAAUGAAUGCCAAAGGGACAGACGUGCUGUACCUGGCUUUCUAAUUCACCUCAGUGUUGGUGUCUUCCCUUACCUUUUCUCAUAUGCAUUUUACUCAGCUUUCUCUCUGCAACAGAGAGGAAGGAUCUUGCAAAUUCCUACUAAAGAAGCUCCCUGAGGAAAAGCCUGGCAAUCCUGUGCAGAGCAGGAAAGCCCAGAAAUCCUGACAAAAGGACUUGACUUCACUGCAGAACACAUAAGGAGAAAGCAAGGCAGCUGAUGCCACUGCAAACAGGCAAUUUUUAGUCCCUCAGCUAUGUGGAAGCUUCCAGCAAAUCAACAGUAAUAUUUCCAAGACAAAAUAUCAUGCAAGAAAGAGAAAUGGCACUAGUUUUUAGUACUGCAAGGGGAAAAAAAACCCCAAAGUAAUGGGAAAGUUACAGGGAGAAAACAAAGCAUAAACAUCAGAGAAAAAAAAUCCCCUUUUUGCUUCUCUUCUGCUGGACAUCUGUGUAAAGAACAUCAUUGGGAUGUUCCAAUGCAGAGAGCAUUGUGAAGAACAAAUGGGUUUUCAAGAGGUUUUUUGGAGGUGGGUUACAGAACCUGUCCUUCCCACAUGGCCAGACCUGGAAGCAUUCCUGGUCCCCCAGAAAGUUUCCCCACCACCCCAUUUCUUAAAAACAAUAAACAGGGUGGUUUGCCCUACCCUAACAAAAGCCUCAUCUCUUUCUAAGUGCAGGUAGAGAUCCCUAGGUCCAAGACAUUAAAUCCUGUUAGAUUACACAGUUGAGCCCUGGGCAUGUGUGGAUAUUUCAGUAGGCUGAAGUGCUUAGUGUUGAAAAUCCACCUGCACUAUUUUAUUUUUGUUAUUAUCUUUUAGCAUUUCCUUUCCCUCGCGUGAAUUUUGCUCAGGAAGGCACUUACCAUCAGAGACAACAGCCAAAGGAUCCUCUGGUGUGUUGUUAGGGCUUGGCAGAACUGGGAUUCUCUUGCAGGACAUUUUGCUGACUGUCUGUACUCGAAUCUUUGGAGUCCUCGUUUCUUUUCUGAGUUCACAGCAGUGGGCAGCUGCUGCAAGCCUCUGCUUCCAGUGGACACCUUUCCCUCUCCCUUUAUGGGAUCCUGAGGUUUUAAAGUAAACAAUUCAUUCUUGUUCUGAUAAGUCAUAUUAAAAUAUUGAUCUGGGGGAGGGAGAUGACCCUCGCUGCACUGAGCCAGAGUCACCUUUAGUCAGACUAAAGAAUGGAAAAUGCUCUGAGACCUCAAUUUUCUCUGUUCCUCCAGAGAGCACAUGUUGGGAGGGAAAAAUGCAAAAGAUAAGGGGGUUUCAGCUCUUUGUAUUGCUGAACCCUGAGAUGAAGAGUGUUUACUCUGGCUGCAUAUUAAUUGCUUACUUCUGCCAGUGAGACUGAUUUCGUCAGUUCCUCAGGUCACAGUGCUCAUCUUAUGUUCACUGCUGGGGCUUGCCAAUCUUUUUUCUUUCUUAAAUUCUGAUGUACUGUCUACUUUGCCUGGGAAUUUUCAGAUUUUACUUUCCAGCACUUUUACCUAGGAGGCAGGGGGAAAAGUCUGGCUUCAGUUGAGCCUGUCUGAACACCACUGGCAAACCCAGGAAUGGUACACACCUCCCAGGACCUCAUCCAACAAUAAGACCAUUGCAUAAACCUCCACUUUAGGGCCUAAUGAAUUUCACAUUUUUUUGUGAAGGCUGAAAUGGGAUUUGAACCUGAGAUUUUCUCUGAACGUAAAAUAAAGUCGCAUUUUGGGUAUGAGAACAUUUGCUAGUUAACUAACAGGUGUUUCAUCACUUACUACCAUUACCAGACUUCUGUUCCAUUAGAAUGUUUUGGAACGAAGUAAUAGUUUGGGGGUUUAGGAAGCAAAGUUUUCAAUAUAAAUACUUCACAAAAGUGAGGAAUCAGGUAAUUUUACUGAUUUUGGCUGUCUGUGUCCAUGCAGCAGCAGAAAACCACCAUGAAAUCAAAUUUGGAAAACAUUCUGUGUCUUAUCCUCUCCUUACACCCUCUUUGUUACUAGUUGAUGACACGUCUUUUUUGCUUAAUGCUGCCUUGGACUGCAAAUCUGUCAUGGCAAGAAUAAUCUACUGUUUCCUAAAAUGAUGAUUUCUAAUCCCAGUCCUGUUAUGUAAAUAGUUAUUCCUUAUUUGUGACUCGUACAUGCACACAGUGUAAAGAUGACAAAAAUACUACUUCUACUAGCUCAGAGGUGGCCUUAGUAGUAGAACAAGUUUUGGGAUAAGUAGGUAUCUAAAAAUUACCUGUACAAUUGUAUCAGCAUCCUGUGUGCAAACUCCUUAUGCUACGAUGAAAGUACGGAUGUGCAUUUGAAGUCUACAGAAGGUAUCUGACAAUAUACUUAAUCAGAAAAAGAGGACAAAAGACCUCAUAUUAAAAAGAAAACAACCAACCCAAAACCAAAAUGCCACAUGUUGUCCAAAACUAGUAAAAAAACCUAGAAUUUGCUACUUUUAAUCCCAGCAGAAACACCACUUACUUGGUAUUUGUGGUUGUGUUUCUGGGGGAAAAAAAAGCCAGUUUCCCUCAAAAUGGGGCUCUGCAUCUGUAGGUAAAGCACUGGUCACUCUACAGGGAGCCUGGGGAAAGUCUGGAACUGCAUUGCGACAUCCAGUACUGCUGCAGACUGGUUGGGGUCCAGUUCUCUGAAAUGAAAUGCCGAAGUAUUGGGAAAUUCCUGGAAAAAUAAAAGGAACUGGUUUGUUUAAAUGUUACUAAAGGUGACACAAGGGCAGAUAAUGCAACCUGCGUUGCACAUAGACCAGAGGGACAGAUGGAAGUAUGUACCUAUGACCCCAAGCAAAAUCAUCUAACUUUGAAGUGCAGUCUGUGAGGCUGGCACUGCUUGGAGCAAAGGACUCACUCCUGUGAUCUCCAAAAGUCCCUUCCAGUCUAAAUUAUUUUGUGCUUCCAUUUAAUAUACAGAGUUCCUGGUGACUAAGAUGUCACUAGACAAAGGACACAAUUUGAUCCCUACAAAAGCUCUUUGCUCUCAUUUUUCUUAUAUACAAUGUGUAGGAUAUAUUGAGGGAAAUGGAAAUCACAGGAAUGGUGUCUUUUCUGUGCAGAAACAGUGGAAGAACAGCUUCAAAACUGAAGGAAUAACUGCAGGGGCAAAAAACUGAGAUGUAUCUUUGUGGCUUUACUCCAGCACAUAAUACUCUUCAACUGAUCUGGGGCUGGCUAUUUCAUCUGUGGAAAAAUCCAAACACGGCCCACCACCUGUGGGCAUGACUCCCUUGCCUUAAACUUCCAGACAAAUCCGGGUGAAAGAUUUAGGCCAGAAUCUUUUAUGGAGAAAAAUUACACAUAUCCAACAGUGGAAGUGAAGUUAUCCCGUUGCCUUCUUAAUGUCAGUGACUGUGCUGACUCACACUGCUUUUGGAUAUGGCCAUAUAAUUUUUGAGAGGACAUUGCUACAGGAAUUCUUGGGCUCAGAGUAGACAAAGAUGGUGUUUAUCAGCUUAUCCCAGAGUACUGCAGCAUUCAAAGGGCACAUUUACCAUGACCUCAUGGACAGAGGUAAGGGCUACAAGUGCUGGGACAGCUCAGAUCCCACAGGAAAAAUUCUGUGAUCCUUGUCAGUCAAUGGCCACUGGUUAAAGAUUACCUGUGCUGGUUGCUGCGAUGGCUGGGUAGAGAAAGAUUAACUGAGAGCAGCAGAAAGCUGAGCAAAGGUCUUUAACCUGGAAGCCAUGAUCUCUUCUGAUUUCUGCUGGACAUCAGUAAAUGAAAUUGAUUUGAGUUUCCCAAUCAUCAAACUCAUUACAUCAGCUCUGGAUUGUCCUGGCAUUUCCUGUAACCAUUCACUCUGACAGAGAGGGGUUGGGAAUUACCUUCAGAUUAGGAGAGUAAGGUCUGGCUGCAAUGUACCCCUCAUGACGUUGCUUUUUCCCCAGCAAAAUAGUUGUGGGCAGAAUUUAAGCAGUUAUGCUGUAACCAGAAGACUAACACAAAAAAAACCAGUCCCUCAGGGCGACUCUCCUUCCCCCAGGAGAUCUGCUGGCUCUGCAAGCAGGUGUGCCAGGCACACCAGUGUACGAAGGAUGCCCUAGGGAGGGCAUCCAGCUCUCUUAGUCCUCUGUCCCCUGAGCCGCACAUGAGGAUAAGCAGCUUUAUUAAUUUUUUGUCUUUGCAAGUAAAAAUUCUUUUUCAGUCCACUUCUCAGAACUUGAAGAGACUUUGGUGACCUGAACUCUGUCAGCCCCUAGCGCAGUCCGUGCCCGGGGCUGAGGGUGCCUCUGCUGAGGGGUCCUGUGCCCUGCCCCUGUCCCUGCAUGAGCCCAGCCCCAGCAGCAAGGCCUGGGGGAGGUCUGAGGCAGACUUUGGGGCAGGGUGGACAGAGCUCUUGGUGCCCUUGGCUUGCAGCCAGCAGUAAUUAACUGCUAGUUGUUUUAAUUGCAGCACUGCAGUACAGCCAGGAGCAGUCCCUGUGUGGCUCCCAUGUCGCAGGAGAUGCCUGUCAGCAUCUCACACAGGUGCUAAUCUUGCUCUUUUGAGAAAAGCAAACAAAUCAGCUUGGCCCCUUGAAAAAAUCACAAAGUUUUUAUAGUGGUUUUAUAACUCCAUGCUGAUGUUCUGCCUAGGCCCAGUGGUGACUGGAGGAACUCCCUACAGUUCGUCUGGCCACCAAAAGACUUAAAGUCAGGGCCUAGAAGUAGCCAAGAUAAGGCCAAUUAAACUCAGCUUGGUAUGGGCUGGACUUGGCUUUCCUUUGCUAUAUUCAUCUGCUCCGAAUUCCCCAGUUACAUGGAAAAACAAAAAAAGUGCAACCAUGAUGGCAAUGUUUUGGAGAUAGUGGAGAUUAAGUAACGAAGAAUGAUCCAUCAAGUGUUUUGUGUGACAUUGCAGGCACUUUCCUUGCUAGAUGGAAAUUUCACACAGAUUCCACAUUUAGUCUAACCUGUUUUACCAACUCAUUUAUCACCCUAUGUAGCAUGAAAUUUCAUUUCCCAUGGCUAUUCCAAUCGUGUUUGCCAUGCCUCUGCUGAACUGAAGCCUUUUUCACAAAAUCCUGAUUUCAAUACCUCAGAGAAAGAGUUUUGAAUGAAAAGGACUAAAGUGGGGAGGAAAGUGAGGCAGCAGCUUUUGUGAAAGAGCUGAAGUGCUCUUUUUCCACAAGGAAAAUAUUUGUAGCACUGGUAACUGGAGAAUGCUCCAGAAACUAUUUGCUCCCAGUGGGCAGAGGCCAGUUGCCAGUGGCAGCCCGAGUCCCAGUUACCCGGCCAAGCAUAACUGGGAAGUUUCUGUGUCAAAACUAGGGAAUCCCAGAAUGGUUUGGGUGGGAAGGGACCUUAAAAAUCAUCUCAUUCCACCCUCAUGGGUAGGGAUGCCUUCCACUCUCCCCAGUUGCUCCAAGCUCUGUCCAAUGUGGCCUGGGACACUCCCAGGGAUGGGGCAGCCACAGCUUCUCUGGGCACCCUGUGGCAGGGCCUCAUCACCCUCACAGCUGAGAAUUUCUUCCCAAUAUCCCAUCUAAUCUUGCCCUCUGGAAGUGUGAAACCAUUUGCUGUGUCCUGUGAGUCCAGGCCCUUGUCCCAAGUCCCUCUCCAUCCCUCCUGUGAGCCCCUUAGGUGCUGCAAGGCCCCUGUGUUGCAGGGAAUCUAUGCACAGAAACAGCAGGGGGGUGAAAUAUGGAUCUUGAGCUCAAAAUAAAGUGAGCAUUGGCAAUUCCUGACCUAGCACUGGGAACUGCAACAUUAUGUAUCAAAAGAAUGGAAAGAAGAAUUACUAAUGUACAGGACAGGCUGUAGAAACAGGUGUGGGAAUUACACAGGUGUUCAGGCAUGCUGGAAGUUAAUUAGUCCUGAUUAAGAUCAGGUGUGAGGGUGCCUCAGGGACCUUGUAACGGUUUUUUUAGUCUAAAGUGAUUCUCAGUGUGGCUUUAGAACUGGUUCUGCCAAGUUGGAGAAGCUUACCCAUUGCACUGGAUAUUAAAUUUACUGGAUUACAACAGCUCUGGAGUUCCUGAGACUGCUCUUCUAGACUGCCUGGCGAAACUUAAAACUGACAAGUAAGUGGACUUCUAUUUUUUGUGGUUGGAAUGAGGUGACUGAGGUUCCUGUACUCUGCAAUUAAAAUAGGUGGUGUUGUGCCUUGGCAUGUAUUAGAUUUGGUGAGCUUUACAGAAUGAUUAUCUGUGGGAAAUGUGCUGGAUCAGAAAGAAAUUGCCAGAAAACUUUUUGCCUGCCUGCCAGCAUCUUCAUGCUCUCUGAGGAUAGGUUAAAAAAACAGAAAUAAAACAGGGUGUGGUUAGUGAAUCAGAGGAUGCCUUGUGUUUCAGCCUCGGGAUUAUGAAGGGUGAUGGUGUCUGGAUCCUGGCCACUUCUACCUGUUUCCUGAAGCCUUUUUUUCACAAAAUCCUGAUUUCAAGACCUCAGAGAAAGAGAAGCUGCUAUCUUUUCCCAAUCUGUCCGUGUGGGUAAUCCAAACCAACAGGUUUGAGGGACAGGCUGUGGCUGCUCAGGUGCAGCUGGUCUGUAAUUACUUAGGUUGGUGCAGGUACUGAACAUCACCCUUAGGUGAUCAAAGACAGUUUUGAGUGAAAAGAAGGACUAAAGCGGAGGGGGGGGGGAGGGGGUUUGGUGGUAAAGUGAGGCAGCAGCUUUUGUGAGAGAACAAUUCCUUGUGUUCCAGGGCUUUUUCAAGAUCAGCUCUUGGAAAUCAGUGGGUUUGUACUGUGCUCACUGAGCACAGUGGCACAGAGCUCCCAAAGGUAUUAAGCAGAAGUGUAAUCCCAAAUACUGUGUAAUGGACUAAUCUGAGGUAUUCAUGUGCCCACACUUCAGAAGCCUCCAUGUGAUGUUUGUACCCGGCAUCUACAGCCUCAGUGUGUGAGAAACAGGACCAGUGUGAACACUGGAGUCCCAGUCCCAGGGACAAGAGGCAGCUCUUUCCCUGUUGUGGGAGCCCUUGGCUGGAGCUCUGUGAGCAUGGUUGGAGGGUGGCUGCGGAGUGGCAGCUGUCGGCAGGCAGCCCUCGGGCGGGCUGGCCGCCCCUGAGGCCGCGCCGUGUCUCCAGGCGGUCGCAGGGCGCUCGGGGCCGAGGCAGAGCGGCGGGGCCCAGCGGAGCCCGGAGCUGCCCGCGCCCUGUGGCACCUGCCCCUGGGCACGGAGUGCUCCUGCGGGUAAAGGGCUGGCCACAAAGCUCCAGGGCAUGCUUCUGCUGCCAUGAGAGAACAAAGAACGGCCUCUUCUCUCCCUCGCUGUGAAAACAGUCACUAACCUGGUGUCCGUGUCCGCCUUUGUCCCGCACACCGUGGAGAUGUCACUGGCCAAACGGGGCUGGCCGGGGCUGGGCUGGGCUUAAAAGGACACCGCGUCUUGUUGGGUGGGGAGGGGAGGAGUGCCCAGCUCUGUAAGGAAACAUUAGGAACUGCAUGCAUGACCCGCCUGUGUAAUCACGUACCAGUUUAGCUUACCAGAGUUUGAAAUCUAUUGCCAUAGCCUCACAAGGCUUCCCGGUUACACAAUGUUGUCCUCAGAAUACAGUUGAAGAAAAAUUAUUCUGAGAAUUCUUUUUUUUUUUUUUUUUUUGUGUCUCAUUUCUUAAUGCUUCACAGCGUUAGUAGUAUUGGUGUUUGAGAAAGGAACUAGUUUGCUGGUUAAAUGAAUUUUCUCUCUCUUUUUUUUUUUUUUUUAAUGGAGAAAUGAGAGCCAACUAUGAAAAGUAACCUUUUUUUAAAGAAACUCACAAUAAGGGAGAAUGGAGGAAAAUGCUAUUUGAUUUCCAGCAAAUGGCCACUUUAAACAUAGGUAUUGAUAUUCCUAUUUGGAGAUACUGCUCAGGUGUUUCAGUAAAUUUUUUUUGGACCAAAGGAACCCGCUCUGUCAAUCUGUAUCAGUCUCACCGGGGGUCAUAUGUCACAGCCACUGUAGAGCCUGUUAAUGCUGUAUGGGACCCCCCUUUUGCUGAAUCAUUGGUAUCAGUUUGCUGUGUUUGGGAAAUUUUUUUUUUUUUUUUAAAAGCUAAAACUUUCUAGUGGCUCUAAAACAAAACACUUUCCGGCGUCUUGGAAUUUUUCUGUUGUACUGGAGAACAAUUAAACAAACACAUGCAAUUCUUGUUUUAGUGAUCUCAGUAAAUUAAUUUUUAUUUUCGUUAAAUAGCAGAUAGAAUGUGCCCAUUUAAAGACCAAGAAACAAUUACUUAUUUUCAUGUCCAAGGGAAGACUCUUAAGCUCUUGCAGUCAUUUCAACAUUAUUUGUUUCCAAGGCUUAUUCAGUGAUUCAGAUAUUACUCUCUCUGCUUACCAAGAAAAAACCCCAACUUUAAUUAAUGCUUGCCAGAUUAAUUCUGUAUGAACUGAGUUUAGAACUCACCUGCUGUUCCUAGAAUAAUCCUGGAAACUUGGUUUUCUUCCUCAGAAGUUUAUUAUGACUGGAAAAAACCAGAACACCACAUAUACAAAUCUGAAUCUUUAUCCUCAGAGGGAAGUGAGAGGGGCUGUAGCUGUGGGGUCUGACCACGGGCCAAGCCGGGCUGUGCUUGCUCUGGGCUGGAAGGGACACGGGUGUGUGUGGUGCGGUGACACCUGCCUGCUGGUGGCACAGCUCGUGUGUUCCUAGUGUGCCUGGUGAAAUAAGGUACCAUCUGCCCAUAGCUGGUGUGUUGGAGCUAUUUCACAUAUGUGAACUGGAGUAUGUUAAACAUUAAUCAUUCCUCUCAAGCCUCUGUGGGUGUGGGCCAGGGCUGUGCUUUACCCAGGUCAAUGAACAACGCUCUGGAGCCAUGUUUGAAGCUAAGUGGUUGUGUGGCAAGAUUCUGUGUGUUUCACAAUUCCUAAGUGCUAGUAGAACAUUCCUGAGUGCUAGUGGAAUUUAAAGUCCAAUUUUAAUUUAGGAUUAGUGAGUAACUUAACUAGACAUGAGUACCACACAGCUGUGACAAGCAGUCUGGGAAUUCCUGAAGUUUGUUGAGGAUAAUUUCUCAUCACAAGUGCUCAGAGAGCCAACUAGGAAAGGUGCUCUGCCACAGGGGUUUGUGAAUAGAGGACUCAUGGCAAGAGUGAUGGUUCUGGUCACAGUGACCAUUAAAUGGUUGGAUUUAAAUUUUUUGGUGUAGUUACAAAAAGCAGAGUUGUCGCCCUGGAUUUCAAGAGAACAAAUUUAAGGGAGCAGUUGGCCAUGUCCCCUGAGGAGCUGCCUCAGAGGGCCCUGAGUGCUGGUCAGGUUUGAAUGAAAUGUGAGCAGGAGAGGCAAUGCCAUUCUGGCAAAAGCCAGGCUCUUGGCUCGCUGGAAGCCAGGCCAGGUGCCGCAGGAAGAGGACAGCUGUGGUUUGCCAGCAGAGUGCUUGGGUCUCAAUCCAAGGGCUUGUACUGUUCAACGCUGUUAUCCAGGACCUGGGUGCAGGAGUGCAAGGCACCAGGAGUGAGUUUGCUGAGGAUACUGAAGUGGGAGGUGCUGUGGGCUCAAGGGACCAGAGGCCUUGCAGAGGGAUCUAGAGCGGUGGAACACUGGGCAGUCACCAGUGGCAGGAAAUCUAACAGAAACAGCAGGAGAAUUCCUGGUGGUUUCUGCAGGGCCUGGGUUUCACCCAGUAUGUACUAGUGCAGCACCUACUGUGUGAAUUACAGAAUUUUGCUGAAAAGCAUAAAGAUUAAUGACUGUACCUACUGGGAGCUUGGGAUGGAAUUCUCUCAAAGUCAGGCAGUGGCAGCCACAGGUUUGUGAGAACUGGCUGACUCACCUUUACCCCAAACUGGGAAUUUUUCAUCAAAUUAAGUUUUCCUGAAAUGCAUGAUUUGAUGCAAAUAUUCCAACUCGACUGAAAUUUUCAAAAACAUAAAAAAGCUUCUAUUUAAUUUGUAACUGCAUUUUUAUUUAACUCCUGAAAGCUGGCAUGAGUAUGGCAGUUUGAAUUAAUGUUGAUUUUUAAGUGCUGUUUAAAGUUGUGCUUUUAUUUACAUGAAGUCUUGGGGGUUUCAUGGUUGGUUUUUUUUAAAAGUCAGCUUUAGAAACAUAGUUUGAGCAUAAGAGCAGGAGGAUGCUGAGUGAGGGUUACUAUGUAUUGCUUACGUGUGUUUGCUGAUCCAGCACCUAGUGAAGUAAUGGUGCUGGAUUAAGUACUUUUUUUUUUUUUCCCCAGCACUUUCUAAAGGCACACAGUUAUUUUCAGUACCAGAUAAAUCAUUAUUUUGGUGCUGUGCUACAUGUCUGAACUAUACUGACAGAGAAGUUUCCACAGCUAUGCUAGUAAACUGAGAACGUGUCCUGGCUUCUGUGGGGUGGCCCCCUCUGUGUGUGCAGGGGGUGUAGGAAGGCCUUGGGUUGCCUUGUGCCUCUCCAAGGCUGUUUCCCCAGCAGUCCCUUUCCCUGCUGAAAUGAGCAGACUCCCUACUGCUGAGCUGAAAGGAGCUCAGGAAUGGAUGUGGCACUUUCUUGGUGCCUUUCUGUCGUGGUGCCAGGUGAAAGCUCUGAAAGGUGAUGUUAAGCAAACUGGGAAGGAAUGUUCUGUUAGUGUUGUCAGAGCCAGGCUCGGCUGUGUACUGCUCCCAGUGGCUGCCUGGGGAGGAAAUAGGCUUUUAUCAUCAGAAAGAAAAAUCCCAAACUGGGUACUUGUGCUGAUGCUGAUAGAAGACUGUGUUUGCCACAAGACAAAUGACAACUUGGUAGUAAGAAUAAGGUGAAUUGAGAUGACUUGUGUGCACCACAAACCUGUAUUUGCUUACAAUAAAUGUGUCACUAUAUAGUAGGUAUGUGUUACCAAACCAUGCUUGAUGUGAAUACACCAGAGGCCAGAGAUGGAGGAACUGGCUCUCAGCUGAGUUUCCUGGUGCCUGCAUUCAAGCCAUGAGAGGCACUAGACAGAAAAGCACAAAAUCCAGAGGAAAUGUUGUAUUCUAGGGAAGCAGGGACAGUUUUGUUUUGGUUGUUUUUUGUUUUUUUUUUUUCAUCUAAGUGAGACAUGAAGUAAAAACUUGCUUCCAGGAAUCCACAUUGGUGGAGAGUCAAUUUCUGGUUCAAAUUUGUGCUUAGAAGCAGUGAUUCUGCGUCUCUCUAGUGUUUGUCUCUGCACCGAAGUCCUGAUUAAAUUCUCCAGGUCCUAAAAGCUGCUGACAUCUCGCCAUGAAAGUGUCCUUGCCAAACAGGACAUCAGCAGCUCUGUUGCUCUGGGAAUUUAGAGUACAAAGCAAUCUCAAGGCAGCUGCAUUUUCUUACUGGACAGCAGUUCUUGCCAGUGCUUUCCUGGACCAGGAGGCUGCCAGGCUGGAGUUGUUAUUAGGACCCUUGCACUGCACACAAAACUGCUGCACUCUGGGUGCUCCUGGCACUGAGCUUCUGUCCACGUGUAGGGCAGGAACAUCUGUCACAUCUGGGCUGUUCCUGAGGAACACUGAUUUCUCUUGGGCUGCUUCCCUGGCAUGUAACACCACCUACCUUUUUCUUGGGGAUUUGGACUCCUGGAAUAUUGGCUGAAGUGCAAAUUCUUGCGAUAGGCUUGGCACUGUUGUUACAAACCACAGGCAGAAAGGAGCAAUAGAAAGAUGUUUCCUGCCUUGCUAUCAAAUAGCAAAGUCCCUUAUAAAAGGGGGGGGAAAUGGAAUCGAAUGCUCCUAUUAUUAUCUCUCUCUCUUUUUUUUUUUUUUUAAUCUAUAGGCACAACUGGGCAAUGCUGAGUCCAAAAUGUGUGUGCUGUACCCAGCCAUUGAUAAAACAUAGAAGCACAAAUUAUACUUACAUUAUUAUUACAUAAUUGGAGAUGGUGAACCAGCUGCUUGCUUGCUGAGGAAGAGGAACUGUUCCAAACUUGACAAUUUUCUUAAAAGCUGCUGUUGACAGAAAUAAUGCACUAGGGCAAAGGAAAUUACCGGUGUGGUAGGGAAAAUAUUGUCACUUGUGCAAACAGGUGGCCUUCAGUUCCCUGAACUCUAGGUGGGCUGCAGAGGAAGGUAAUUACUAGACUUACACUAUGUUACUCCACUUCGAAGCAGCUAGAAGUUAUUUAAUGGUUGUGCUCUGUAAAGAACCCCUUAAAACUAGUGUGCUGCACCAGCACACUAAAACAUGUAGAGAUACAGCAGAGAGCUGUGUGCUCAUGGCAUGCAAUUCAUAUUUGCCAAGUAUUGAUCUAGUGUGCAUCUCUUAUCUUUUAGCUGUAGUCCAAGGUUCAAAGUUUACCUUUUGUUUAAAAACUGAUUUCACAGGGAGGUCAUGUCCUUUAGCUAAUCCAGCAGCACUAGAGGUCUGUAAAAUGGAAAUUUGGUUUACCACUACUUGGAGGAAAGCCCUGAAGCCCACAUGGAAAGCCCCUAUGGUAUAGAGGUGUAUCCACUGACAUGGCAGAGAGCCUGGACAAGUGACAAAGUGGAGGAAAUAAUUAGUUGGCUUUGGAAUAUUAUUGUGUUGCCAGACCCAGCCUCAAACUAGGAAAAGAUAAGCCCUGACCAUUUUCUCCUGACCCAGGCACAUCCACAGCCCUUCCCAGGGUACUGGUCACUCAUCCCCACCUUCAUAUUUUCACUGCAAAGAGUUGGCUGAAAUUAUUCCCAAAUAGCUGAAACCCCAAAGCACACUGGGAAAGGCAGUUAUUACUUACCACAAAAUAAAUGGCCACAAUAAAAUGAUAACCUAAUGUAGCAGAAGAUGUUGGUUUUUACUUCUGGUUUUCCUUUAUAAAGUUAUGUGCAUUUGUAUGUAGCAAUCUGUAAACAGGAGUGAGGAAAAUCUCUCUUUAGAGGCAGAAUUAACUGAUUAUGCAUGAAGAAUUUACUCAAAAUUUUAAAACUAAAGCAAGCCCAGAGUAGUUUCUGUCCACAGCAAGUCUGGCACAUUUCAUUUCUAUUUAAGUGACACUGGCCACUCUGGUCAGGACUGUCCCUGUGUCUCAGGCACUGGGGACUGUAGUGACCAGGGCACGGACAGUCUGAAAUCCGAGCAGAUCACUCUGGAUCAGCAAUACGCUGGAGACAACUGGCCACAGGAAUGAGCAGAAACCAUCAGCCUCUGGGACAGGGACUUCAUUUUAAUCAUACAAAUCAUGCCACAUGCACGGAUCCAGCUUCUCAGAUCCUCUUACCACAAAACCCAGUUCUGACCUAGUUCUCCUGUCCUCCACAAAACCCACAGGAAUUUGAAUUUUGGGCUACCUUUACAAAUUGCAUUUCAGCUUUGCUAAAGCAAAUCCCUGCAGGUCCCCGUUUUCCAGAGCACCAGUCCUUACUGAUCUCCAGUUCCUCGGAAAACAUGCCACAAUCCCAAUCUGAGCCAGCGAGAGCCGCAGCCUGGCUGAGCAGAACUCUGGAGAGGUCAGAGCCCUCCCCUGGACUGCUGCACUUGGAGUGAGAUCCAGCUAGAAAUGGAGCUCUGGAAACAGCCUCCAAAAUGUUCUAGGAUCAGACCUUUAAAAUGGCUCCAAAGAGCUCCAGCAUGAGUCCUUGUCCCAGCCCUGGCUCACAGACAUACACACACACACACACACACACACACACACACACACACACGAAGCCAAGGGUCACACAGGCCCUGCUUGCAGAAUUCCUGAUCCAAAUCCCCGCCUUCUGUGCCCAGUGCCGAGGGAAAUCUGACAGACGAAUAAUAAAGGACCUUUUCUGAGAGCAGUCUUCACCUCAGGCCUUCAGGCUUGGCAAGAUUUUGUAGUGACCCAAAUUCAAUUCCUAAAUCUAAAUCUCUGAUAAGUCUUGUUAAAAAGAUACCAGACAGUCACACAGGCCACAGAAUUAAAAGCCUGCAGAAGGAGUAACAGAAGCUUUUCCAUGAAUAACAGAAAUUCCUUUCUUCCCUCAUCAGUCUGGGACUGUGGGACUGAAUCUUUGCCACCAAGACACAAGAGAGUUGUGAUUAACACUUAAAGCCCUCACAUGUUGUUAUUUCUCAGAACUGGGCUGGUGCUGAGCUGCUCCCAUGUGUCUGCAGUGCAAAGAGGACGGGCAAGGCAACAUCCCAGUUCCACCUGGAUAAAUUUCAAGAUGAUAAAAAGUAAUUUCUCUUCUCUCUGACCUAUAGUCCUGUGGGAAAUCCUGCUGAGAACGUGGGGUCUGAGUUGGAAUCGGGGUCAGGGUCAGGCAGCUAAACAGAUGCCUUUCCGUGCCAUUUUCCAUCCCUACCCAAAACAAUGCCACCGUUUUUGGAAGGGCACGCUAAUCUGUGUAGCGGGGCCACCAUCUCUGGUAUGGAGUCAGGAACUUCCACUUUUCUCACCACUCUGGAUUCUGACAGGAGCCACUUCUGGCCAGGCCACCACGUCGGUGUGCUGCCAGGGUGAGAGCUGGCACAGUGCUGGGUGCCAGCCUCGGGCACAGACACAGGAUGUGGGAACGGUGCAGGAAAAGGAGGGAUGGUGCUGGGUGGAGCGGUCAGCCUGUGCUCUUAUUAGUGUCGCAGUGCAGGGCACUGGGACCUGGGUGAAACUCCAGCUCUCCCGCUGUUCAGGGGUGCCAGGUCUGAGGGCUUUUUACCUGUGGCUUUCCAGGACAGCAGCAACAAGAGGAAAUGGGAUUGCCAGAGCUGGGUCCCACCAGCUUGGGCUUCCCUCUGAGGACAGUCUCCAUCCUUCUCUGGAGAAGAGAAUGAAAAAUGGCAAAAAUGAGUAAUAGGGAAAAUUGUGGGAGUAAAUAUUGAGAAAAGCUCCAUGUUAUUAAAUAAAUACUUUGAAGUAAAUUGUGGAAAAGUAGGGGAAUUUUGGGGGACAAAACUCUAAGAAUGAGUAUUUUUGGGUAAAAAAUAAGGUAAGGAAAAUUUGGGUUGUAAAACUGGAGAUAAUCCCUAGAAUAGACGAUUAAUAUUUUCUUGUAAAAAUUAGGAAAUCAGAAGUGGAAAGACAAGGAAAAUGUGGGGAGGAAAAGUGAAAUAAUCCCCAGAGAUUCAGAAAUUAACAUCCUGAGGUAAACUGAGGUCAUCAGUUGUGGACAUGGAGUGAAAAUUUUGGGUGUAGAAAUGGAAUUUUUCUCCAAGAUGGAGAAUGAAAAUUUUGAGGAGAAAAUAGGAUCACUGGUAGUGGACAUGUAGGGAAAUUUUGAGGGUAAAGAGUUAAUCUACAUGGAAUAAGUAGGGGAUGUUUUUGAGGGAAACUGGGGCCAGAGGUGAAAGUCAAUCCAAAGCCAAUCCUGCUUCAACUCUAAAUCUCAGGAUAAAUUCUACAGCCAGUUGAGGGACUAAAAUUUAAUUAAAAUGGAGCCAAGACUAUUAAGAAGGUUUCUGGGAAUCCCAUCCCAGUGUUGUCAUUGAAUUUUUAACAGAUCUUGAGACUUUUGGUGACAAUAAUGCAUUUCUCUGUUGGGAUUGCCAUGGACCAGGUGAAACCUCAGGACUUGUUUUGCUUAUUGCUCCCUGGAAAAGGAUGUUGCACAUUCCGAGCCAUUGGGGAAAUGCUGGAAAGAGCAGGAAUUCUAGGUUAUUGGAGGAGUUCUAUGCAGUUUUGUCAGGUGCCAGCCAGUUCUGAGGGCUGGUUCAAAGGGCUGGUGUGUAAAACAGCAUUAGCAGAAAAGAAGGAACAGCCAUUCCCAUCCCAGCCCUUUCUUGUGAUCACAAAAUUUGCUCAGGAGCUGAGAAUACCAAUAUGCUGAAUGCAAUCCCUAGAUGGGCCAAUCACUUCACAUCAUUUGACUUCAUGAUCCUCGGGCGUCCUUCCAACUCAGACUCUCCUGUCCUCUGGAAAUAAAGAGGUAACAGUUUCCCCUGGCAUUUUAAACCCAGAGGUUUUUCCAUUGGAGAGAGCGAGAAAGUGGGGAGAGGAAGGAGAGCAUCGGGUCUCACGCGGCAGGUGUCGGAUGAGCGGCCCGAGCAGGGUCCCGCUCUCACCCCGGGCGCGGUCGAGAGCGGCGGAGGGGCCGGUUCCUUCCGCCCGCGGCGAUCCAGCCGCGCUCGUCCCGCCGCGUUCUCCGGGGGUGCGGGGGCCUCGGGGGGCCGCGGCGGGCUCGGCAUCCGUGGGGGCUGCGCGGCGGCUCCGUGUCCGCCAGGCGGCGCCCCGCGGGCCGGGAGGCGGCGCUGAGGGAGCGGCGGUGCCGAUGGGGUCCCGGGCGUGGACCUAUUUAGCAUGAGAAGCGAAGACAGGCGGGGACAGGGGUUGAAUAUGCAUAGAAAAAUUGUGUAAUGUAUUGCAUAUGUAACACCUUUGUGAAUAAAGUCGGGGGGCAGACUUCAGCUCGGGGCACAAGAUUUCGGAGAGUUAUCUCACUUGUGCCGAGCGCUCCCAUACAUACCCACUUCAUAACUA